AUGGACCGGUUGGACCGACUAGCAUGUUGGCCAAAUGGACCGGAUGGACCAACUAGCCUGUUGGUCCUAUGGACCGGUCCGACCAACUGGCAUGUUGGUCCUAUGGACCGAUUGAACCAACUGGCCCGUUGGUCCUAUGGACCGGUUGGACCAACUGACCUGUUGGCAGAAUGGACCCGUUGGACCAACUGGCAUGUUGGUCCUAUGGACCGGUUGGACCAACUGACCUGUUGGCCGAAUGGACCGGUUGGACCAACUGGCCUGUUGGCCAAAUGGACCGGUUGGACCAACUGGCCUAUUGGUCCUAUGGACUGGUUGGACGAACUGGCAUGUUGGUCCUAUGGACCGGUUGGACCAACUAGCCUGUUUGCCGAAUGGACCGGUUGGACCAACUGGCCUGUUGGUCCUAUGGACCGGUUGGACCAACUGGCCUGUUUGUCCUAUGGACCGGUUGGACCAACUGGCCUGUUGGUCCUAUGGACCGGUUGGACCAACUGGCAUGUUGGUCCUAUGGACAGAUUGAACCAACUGGCCUGUUGGUCCUAUCGACAGGUUGGACCAACUGACCUGUUGGCCGAAUGGACCGGUUUGACCAACUGGCAUGUUGGUCCUAUGGACCGGUUGGACCAACUGGACUGUUGGCCAAAUGGACCGGUUGGACCAACUGGCUUGUUGGUCCUAUGGACCGGUUGGACCAACUGGCCUAUUGGUCCUAUGGACCGGUUGGACCAACUGGCCUGUUGGCCAAAUGGACUGGUUGGACCAACUGGCCAGUUGGUCCUAUGGACCGGUUGGAGCAACUGGCAUGUUGGUCCUAUGGACCGGUUGGACCAACUGGCCUGUUGGCCGAAUGGACCAAUUGGACCAACUGGCCUGUUGGUCCAAUGGACAGGUUGGACCAACUGGUAUGUUGGUCCUAUGGACCGGUUGGACAAACUGGAUUGUUGGUCCUAUGGACCGGUUGGACCAAUUGGUAUGUUGGUCCUAUGGACCGGUUGGACCAACUGGCCUGUUGGUCCUAUGGACCGGUUGGACCAACUGGCAUGUUGGUCCUAUGGACCGGUUGGACAAACUGGCCCGUUGGUCCUAUGGACCGGUUGGACCAACUGGCCUGUUGGCCGAAUGGACCAAUUGGACCAACUGGCCUGUUGGUCCAAUGGACAGGUUGGACCAACUGGUAUGUUGGUCCUAUGGACCGGUUGGACAAACUGGUAUGUUGGUCCUAUGGACCGGUUGGACCAACUGGCCUGUUGGUCCUAUGGACCGGUUGGAGCAACUGGCAUGUUGGUCCUAUGGAUCGGUUGGACAAACUGGCCUGUUGGUCCUAUGGACCGGUUGGACCAACUGGCAUGUUGGCCAAAUGGACCGGUUGGACCAACUGGCGUGUUGGUCCUUGGACCAACUGGCCUGUUGGUCCUAUGGACCGGUUGGACCAACUGGCCUGUUGGUCCUAUGGACCGGUUGGACCAACUGGCAUGUUGUUCCAAUGGACCUGUUGGACCAACUGACGUGUUGGUCCUAUGGACCGGUUGGACCAACUUGCCUGUUGGUCCUAUGGACCGGUUGGACCAACUGGCAUGUUGGUCCUAUGGACCGGUUGGACCAUCUAGCAUGUUGGUCCUAUGGACCGGUUGGACCAACUGGCCUGUUGGUCCUAUGGACCGGUUGGACCAACUGGCCUGUUCGUCCUAUGGACCGGUUGGACCAACUGACCUGUUGGCCGAAUGGACCGGUUUGACCAACUGGCAUGUUGGUCCUAUGGACCGGUUGGACCAACUGGACUGUUGGCCAAAUGGACCGGUUGGACCAACUGGCUUGUUGGUCCUAUGGACCGGUUGGACCAACUGGCCUAUUGGUCCUAUGGACCGGUUGGACCAACUGGCCUGUUGGCCAAAUGGACUGGUUGGACCAACUGGCCAGUUGGUCCUAUGGACCGGUUGGAGCAACUGGCAUGUUGGUCCUAUGGACCGGUUGGACCAACUGGCCUGUUGGCCGAAUGGACCAAUUGGACCAACUGGCCUGUUGGUCCAAUGGACAGGUUGGACCAACUGGUAUGUUGGUCCUAUGGACCGGUUGGACAAACUGGAUUGUUGGUCCUAUGGACCGGUUGGACCAAUUGGUAUGUUGGUCCUAUGGACCGGUUGGACCAACUGGCCUGUUGGUCCUAUGGACCGGUUGGACCAACUGGCAUGUUGGUCCUAUGGACCGGUUGGACAAACUGGCCCGUUGGUCCUAUGGACCGGUUGGACCAACUGGCCUGUUGGCCGAAUGGACCAAUUGGACCAACUGGCCUGUUGGUCCAAUGGACAGGUUGGACCAACUGGUAUGUUGGUCCUAUGGACCGGUUGGACAAACUGGUAUGUUGGUCCUAUGGACCGGUUGGACCAACUGGCCUGUUGGUCCUAUGGACCGGUUGGAGCAACUGGCAUGUUGGUCCUAUGGAUCGGUUGGACAAACUGGCCUGUUGGUCCUAUGGACCGGUUGGACCAACUGGCAUGUUGGCCAAAUGGACCGGUUGGACCAACUGGCGUGUUGGUCCUUGGACCAACUGGCCUGUUGGUCCUAUGGACCGGUUGGACCAACUGGCCUGUUGGUCCUAUGGACCGGUUGGACCAACUGGCAUGUUGUUCCAAUGGACCUGUUGGACCAACUGACGUGUUGGUCCUAUGGACCGGUUGGACCAACUUGCCUGUUGGUCCUAUGGACCGGUUGGACCAACUGGCAUGUUGGUCCUAUGGACCGGUUGGACCAUCUAGCAUGUUGGUCCUAUGGACCGGUUGGACCAACUGGCCUGUUAGUCCUAUGGACCGGUUGGACCAACUGGCCUGUUCGUCCUAUGGACCGGUUGGACCAACUGGCAUGUUGGUCCUAUGGACCGAUUGA